CUUGUACGGCUAUUCAGUUUGGUUUUUAUCAUUGAGCGUAGUGGAGGACCGACUGCAGACUGGCUCCCUCUCCUCUCCUCACACUCGACUCAAGAGCUUCACUUUGUCCCGUUAAGAUCCACAGGGCACAAUCAUGGAGGAAAUGGACUUUGAGCAGCGCCGGGAGCUGAGGAGGCAGAAGCGUGAGGAGAUGCGCCUGGAGGCCCAACGGUUGGCAAGAAAUGAUGAUGAUGAGGAGGAGGCAGCUCGCGAAAGGAGGCGCAGGGCACGCCAGGAGAGGAUGAAGAGCAGGGAGGGUGAGGAGUCCAGCGGACAGCCAGACAGUCUGGUUCUGACCAACAGCCACAGCGUGACAGAGACAGUGUCUGUGAGCAGCUCUUACGGAGGAGGUGGCGGCGGAGACGACGAGGACCAGGCCCUGCUGGAUCGCAUGGCCAAGCGCGAGGAGAGACGGCAGAGACGCAUGAGAGAGGCGCUAGAAAGACAAAAGGAGCUGGACGCCACCGACGACAGCGUCACCACGGAGAAAAACAAUGCAGAAGAGGAGAGGCCAUCCUCCUGGCGCAGGGGUCGUUACCGUGACAAUGAGGACGAUGAUGUGAAGACAGAGAUGUACAGCUCAAGGAGAGAGGAAAAGGAGCAAGAGGAGCCGAGGGAGGAGGAAGAGGCAGCUCCUGAGGGUGGAGAGGAGGAAGAUGAGGGUGUAGAUGAAGGCCAGAAAGUGGAGGUGAUGGAAGAGAAACCGAGAAGGUCUUAUUUGAGAGAACAGGAAUCAACAGAAGAAGCUAAAAAUCACAUCAAGGAACUCACAGAAGAAGAAACACAUUCAGUAGUCAGUGAGGUUUCAAACCAGGCCAAGUCAGAGGCUGAGGAGGAUGCAGUAGCAUCAGAGGAGGCUGUGGAGGUACCUGAGGAUGAUUGUGUAGAUUAUUCAUCAAAGUCUAUGACUCUCACAAAUGACACGGAAGAGGACAAUGAGGUAGCUGAAAUACUGCAUUCAGAAGAUAAUGAGAUGAACGAGAGAGGCUCAGCCAGGGAGGACAGAGAGGAGCAGAGGAAGCAGAACGGAGGGCUGCACGAGGAGGAGGCAGCUCCCAAACAGCACAGGAAACCCGAGAGGACCCUCAGUCGCGGCAGUGUGCGUUCCCCAGAGGUGUCCGCGGGUGACGACCAGGACGACGCUGCCCGCUUGGAGGCAGAACGCAAGCUGGAGGAGCUGAAGCGCCGCCGUGACGACGCAGAGAGUGAGGAGUUUGAGAGGAUGAGGCAGAAGCAGCAGGAGGCCGAAGCCGAGCUGGAGGAGCUGAAGAGGAAGAGGGAGGAGAGGAGGAAGGUGCUGGAAGAGGAGGAGAGGCAGAAAAAGCAGGAGGAGGCAGAGAGGAAAGCCAGAGAGGAGGAGGAGAAGAGGAAGAUGAAGGAGGAGAUUGAAAGGAGGAGAGCAGAGGCAGCUGAGAAGAGACAGAAGGUGGAGGACACUAUGGACGGGGAGGACAGACCCUUUAAGUGCGUCAGCCCUCGAGGCUCCUCUCUGAAGAUUGGAGAGAGGGCAGAGUUCCUGAACAAGUCGGCACAGAAGAGCACUGUGAAGACGUCUCAUUCUCCUGUGGUGUCCAAGAUAGACAACAGGCUGGAGCAGUACACCUCAGCUGCUCAGAGAGAGAACAAGGAGUCUCGAUCCCCUCGCUCCGGGGCGGUGGAUCUACCCAUGGUCACCGACAGCAUCCGCAACAUCAAGAGCAUGUGGGAGAAAGGCAAUGUGUUCGGCUCACCUGGAGGAGGAGGGAGCCCGUUCAAGGAAGCAGCUGUGAUGAAGACAGGCGUGGCGGGCCGCAUUAACGACUGGCUGAAUAAAACCCCGGAGAGCGGCAAAACGUCAGGAGGAAGGCCAACGGACCUGAAGCCCGUUGACGUCACUAACAAGAGGAGUCUAUGGGAAAACAAAGGUGCCUCUCCAACCAAGGUGGCAGGCAGAGGGGAGACCAAAUCAGUCGCCAACGGUAUGGGACACUAAUGUCUUGAAGGAGCCACUAAAGCUGGGGACCACGACAAUCCAAGACUCUUCCUUUGACUUUGUCUUAAGAACCAAAUAAUGAUCACAUUCCCAAGAGGGACCCCGAAGAAAACGGAGGGACAGGAGUGACGCUGUGUGAGCACUGUACCGGAAACAGCAUCACAUAUUUUUGUACGGUCACCACGUAUAGUGCCUUUGCACAAUAAUUUUUGCUUUCUAAAAGAAACAAAAUGCUGUGAAAUUUGGACAUUUGUAAUUACUAAUUACUUUCUACAAUCCUGCCAGGAAGUUAAAAAAGAAUUCAAUUUAGAUUUAUCUGUUGCACUCCAUGUCGACAGUUUUGAUAGCGACAGAGUUAAAAGUUUCCACAUUCCAAAGAGAUGGAUGAAAUCACUUCUCUCCCUCAUACAGUACAUUUUCCAUCUCUUUUUUAUUUAUAUUUAAAGCAAAAGCUUCACACAUUGCUAUUUUAUUCAACGUUCACCAGUUCAGGAUAGAAAUAUAAGCACUUCUAGAAUUUAGAUGAUUUCACUUUUAUUAUGUCUUACCAAUAGUGCAGCAAUGGUCUGAGUAAUAUAUGUUAGCACAUGUGAUGUUUUUGAAUAUGACCUAUCAUACUGUAUCGUAUAUAACAUCUUUAUACUCAUAACAAAAAGUAUUUUUGCUUUUUUUUUUUCGUAUCCAGAAACUGUUCAACCAACUGGCAGUUAAUUUUGGUGGUGAUAGGAGUGUUGAAUAUUCAGAAGGCCAUUAUGACUUUUAUUAUCCUUUAUGUCAUUUAAUUUAUGUUUUAAUGUGUUUUGUCUUUUUCUACUUCCAGCUGUUUUUGUAGCUUUUGUACCUGUUCGAUCACUUUAAAAUCUUCAGACAUUCCUCUUUAAAAGCAGGUGCACGUGGUGCCUUGGCUGCUUAAAAGCUGUAGGUUUUACAAUGUAGGAAGUUUGCAAACCCUCUUUUUUAAAUCUACCUUAACUUCUACUAACUUCUUUAUUGCCUCUAUGCACACUCUAAGGCUCAGCGAUCAUUUUCUAUUUGAGGGCAUACAAAGUAAAAUCAGGGUGCCUACGCUUAUAGCAAGAUACUCGUACAAUACAAGGAUAUUUACCACUAUGUAAAUCUUCUGGCCUUAUGAUUGCAAUGAAAACAUUUAUGACAGCUGAGGUACAGUACAUAAUAGCCUCAAUGCAACUCAGUAUGAUAUUAAGACUUGUGAUCUUUGUUUUUGUUUUUUUUUUCACUGACGUGGUCUUAAGUAGCACAUUCCCUUUCAUAGUUUUUGCGCGGCACAAGCCUUGAUAAUAUGAAUUUGCCGGGGCAUUAAAUUGAUCAGUGUUACUGCUCAAAAGUCUGACAAUCACAUUCCAUGGCUCCUGAAAAGAGCAGGGGAGCUUGACCAAAAUAUUUUAAGUGUGAUUUAAUGUGACAUUUAUGUUUUUUUUUUAAUACAGUGGUUUCAUAAUGCCAUUUUUUUGUUUGUUUUUUUUACAAGUGUCCAUUUUUAUGUUUUUUUCCUCCAUGUUUAACCAGACACCUGUUUGUGUAGCGCAAAGCCUAUGCAAAACACACUAUCUGUAGCCUCUCUUAACACUCCCAAUGUCAUACAAGUGGGCAGUUUCCAACUGGAUGAAUGUUUUAAACAUUGUACGCUUCACUCAACAACAGCAAUAAAGACAUUGAGGUAUUCCA